CGACCUCUCUCUCUAUUACCACCCAUCCAUCCUAUCAAGACUUUCUUAUGCAGCUUCACUACCCAUUUCCUCUGCCUGUCAACUCCCAUUAAUAUAUAAAUCCCUUAACCACCCCUCAUUUAUCUCUCAGCUUGAGGUUCCCUUCUCCAAAGAGAAAGAACACCAAGCAAAGCAUAGUAACCUAAUUCACUUUACACCUACCACCCUCCUUCUAACUCAAUUCCAUUUUUCUUCCUUAUUCCUCUCUCAAACCAUAAUAUGCAGACUCUUUCGCCGCCUACUUCCAACGCUCUCAAUUUGAAGCACGUUCUUCGCCCGCGUCGAGUCGCGCCUAGCCGAAUCUUUGUCAAAUGCGCCUUCGCGUCUGAGCCCGCCAGCUACGGGGUCGGCUCGAGCCGAGCCGAUUGGCAGAGCUCCUGCGCCAUCUUAGCCAGCAAGGUCGUUUCUCAAGAACAAACCUCCUCCGCUGACCAGAACGGCGGCACCGCCGACCAUAUCGCCGCCGUCAACGGCCACAAAGCCGCCGUCAGCGACCUCCAACUCGUUCCAAUUGGAAAUCUAGCACAGGCCAACAACAAGCCGCUCCCGCCGAAGCCGCUCACAAUCUCCGACCUCUCGCCGGCGCCGAUGCACGGCUCCAAGCUCCGCGUCGCGUACCAAGGCGUUCCCGGCGCGUACUCCGAGGCAGCCGCCGGCAAGGCCUAUCCGAACUGCGAGGCCAUUCCCUGCGACCAGUUCGAGGUUGCGUUCCAGGCGGUGGAGCUCUGGAUCGCCGAUCGAGCGGUUAUGCCGGUCGAAAACUCCCUCGGCGGCUCGAUCCACCGGAACUACGACCUCCUCCUCCGCCACCGCCUCCACAUCGUCGGCGAGGUCCAGCUCCCGGUCCACCACUGCCUCCUCGCGCUCCCCGGCGUCCGAAAGGAGUUCCUCACGCGAGUGAUUUCGCAUCCGCAGGCACUCGCGCAGUGCGAGCACACUCUCACCAAACUCGGCCUGAACGUGGCGCGCGAGGCCGUGGACGACACCGCCGGCGCCGCCGAGUUCGUCGCCACGAAUAACCUCCGCGAUACCGCCGCCAUCGCGAGCGCACGAGCGGCGGAGCUCUACGGCCUGAACGUGAUGGCGGACGGAAUCCAAGACGAUCCGAGCAACGUCACGCGGUUCGUGAUGCUGGCGAGAGAGCCUAUCAUUCCGCGCACGGACCGUCCUUUCAAGACGAGCAUUGUUUUCGCACACGACAAGGGAACUUCGGUGCUCUUCAAAGUGCUUUCCGCGUUCGCGUUCCGUAACAUCAGUCUAACGAAGAUCGAGUCACGGCCGCAUCGGAACCGUCCGAUUAGGCUGGUGGAUGACGCGAACGUGGGAACAGCGAAGCACUUCGAGUACUUGUUCUACGUUGAUUUUGAGGCCUCCAUGGCUGAGGUUAGGGCACAGAACGCGUUGGCGGAGGUGCAGGAAUUCACGUCUUUCUUGCGAGUGUUGGGGAGUUACCCUAUGGACAUGACACCCUGGACACCUUCCUCCCGGGGAGAUUAGCAUCCCCUUAUUUUGUCUUUUUCAUCUCUCCCUCCCAAAAGAGAGGAAAACAAAAACAUAUAUUAAAUGUCUCAUAUGGAUUCUGAAUUUUGUGAAUAAAAGAAAACAUAAACUCAUUAUUUUAAUUAUCUUAAUCUUACCCCAUGUAUUUUCAUUGGUGUUCUUGUAUUAUCUCUUUCUCGUUUGUCAUAUUUUGGGGCUUUAGGGUUAUGCAAUGAAUUAGAAUUAAGAGACGAAGAGAAUACGUACGUUGAUUUUUGUACGUAGAGGGAUGGAGAAUAAUUAGAUACGUGGUAGUGUGAUAAGCUAGAAAGGGUAGUUGGUUUAAUUUAAAUGCCUUUGUAAUAAUUGUGUGUACACUGAAUUGGCCACUUUGGUUGGUGAAUACUUGUUGUGUUUCUGUUAGGAAAAAAGUAUACAUGGGAGAGAUUC